GGAGAUGUGACGCUUAAAACAGCGACCUCAGGCGCACCGAGACGCGCAGAGAAGCCGCAGUAACAGCAACAAUGGCGCUGUCAACUGUCCUCGAAACUCCUGGAGUUGGCUUUAAUUUUGACAACGCGGCGAGAAAUGCUGCGUUAGAGGGUCUUUUUGAAGGAGGACAGACACCAAAACCUCUGAAAACUGGAACCACCAUAGCAGGAGUGGUGUUCAAGGAUGGAGUUGUCCUGGGAGCCGACACAAGAGCCACAUCCAGUGAAGUGGUGGCGGACAAGAUGUGCGCCAAGAUCCAUUACAUUUCUCCAAAUAUAUAUUGUUGUGGAGCAGGAACAGCAGCAGACACAGAGAAAACCACAGAUCUUCUGUCAUCCAACCUCACUAUCUUCUCACUGAACAGUGGGAGAAACCCUCGUGUUGUCAUGGCUGUAAACAUACUCCAGGAUAUGUUGUACAGGUAUCAUGGUCAGAUUGGUGCCAAUUUGAUUCUGGGAGGAGUGGAUUGUACUGGGAACCACUUGUACACUGUGGGUCCAUAUGGAGAUGUAGAUAAGGUGCCUUACCUUGCAAUGGGAUCAGGUGAUCUGGCUGCUCUUGGGAUUUUAGAAGAUGGGUACAAACAUGAUCUAGAGUUGGAGAAAGCAAAGGAGUUGGUGCGAGCUGCCAUCCAUGCAGGUAUCAUGAGUGACCUCGGCUCAGGCAACAACAUCGACAUCUGUGUCAUCACCAGACAAGGAGUGGACUACAUCAGACCGUACCAGGAGUCAGUGUACAAAGAUGACAGGAAAAUGAAAUAUAAGUAUCGUCCAGGAACGACGGCGGUUCUGACAGAGAAAGUUGUUCCCUUAAAGCUGGAGGUCGUUCAAGAGACGGUGCAGAAGAUGGAGACCGCAUGAUUUUCAUUAAAUAAUAAUAUAAUACUUGAAAGCCAUUUUCUACAUCUUUCAAAAACAUAAGAGAAUUUGGAUAUUAAACUAUGUUAAGCAUUCCAUAAAAACACAAUCAUUAUGUUUUGUGGCAUAAUUCAGACAUUGUAAUACUGUGGGUAUUUGAAUAUGACAAGAUUAUUAAAUACUCAGAUUAAAAUUUCA